UGCGUGGACCUGCAGCUCAGGACGUGCGCCGACGCGGCCUACAACCGCACGGCCUUCCCCACGCCCCUGGAGCACCGGUCGCGGGAGGCGGUGGAGUUCAGCUUUGAGUACAUCCUGCUGGGCGUCCUGCACCACCUGCUGGAGGGACAGUGCAACCCGGACCUGCGGCUGCUGGGCUGCGCCGUGCUGGCCCCCAGGUGUGAGGGCGGCCGCGUGCGCAGACCCUGCCGGCGCGUCUGCGAGGGGCUGCGGGAGGCCUGCCGGCCGGCCUUCGACGCCAUCGACAUGGCCUGGCCCUACUUCCUGGACUGUGCCCGCUACUUCGCCCCGGAGGAGGACGGCUGCUUUGAUCCCCUGAUGCUGCUCCGGGGGGACCUGGAGGUGGAGGAGGAGCCACCCUCGGGCCUGCCGCCCACCUUCAUUCGCUUCGCCCAUCACUCCUACGCACAGAUGGGGCGGGUGCUGAGGCGGACAGCCGCCCGCUGCCCCGAGGUGGCCAGGACCUACAGCAUUGGGCGCAGCUUCGACGGCAAGGACCUGCUGGUCAUUGAGUUCUCGAGCCGCCCCGGGCAGCACGAGCUGUUGGAGCCCGAGGUGAAGCUCAUUGGCAACAUCCACGGUAACGAGGUGGCAGGCCGCGAGCUGCUCAUCUACCUGGCCCAGUACCUGUGCUCCGAGUACCUGCUGGGCAAUCCCCGCAUCCAGCGCCUGCUCAACACCACCCGCAUCCACCUGCUGCCCUCCAUGAACCCUGACGGCUACGAGGUGGCUGCGGCAGAGGGUGCUGGCUAUAACGGGUGGACGAGUGGGAGGCAGAAUGCACAGAACCUUGAUCUGAACCGCAACUUCCCAGACCUGACGUCUGAGUUCUACCGGCUGGCCUCGGUGCGGGGCGCGCGCCCUGACCACAUCCCCAUCCCACAGGACUACUGGUGGGGUAAGGUGGCCCCCGAGACCAAGGCCAUCAUGAAGUGGAUGCGGAGCACCCCCUUCGUGCUCUCCGCCAGCCUGCAUGGAGGCGACCUGGUGGUCUCCUACCCCUUCGACUACUCCAAGAACCCCCUCCAGAGGAAGAUGUUUUCUCCCACGCCCGAUGAGAAGAUGUUCAAGCUGCUGGCCAGAGCCUACGCAGAUGUCCACCCCAUGAUGAUGGACAGGUCGGAGAACAGGUGUGGAGGCAACUUCCUGAAGCACGGCAGCAUCAUCAACGGGGCCGACUGGUACAGCUUCACCGGAGGAGGCAAAUUAGCUCAUAAGAGAACCGUGUGCGCCCCACUCACCGCUCACGACAACCAGGCUGCAAUCCACGGGGUGCUCAGCUACAGAGGAGCGGAUGAGGAGAAGGUGCACCGGGGCAUCAAGGGUGUGGUGAUGGACAAAUUUGGCAAGCCGGUCAAAAAUGCCCGGGUUCUCGUCAAAGGUAUCCGCCAUGACAUUACCACGGCCCCAGAUGGUGACUACUGGAGACUGCUGCCUCCCGGGUCCCACGUGGUCAUCGCCCAGGCCCCUGGCUAUGCCAAGGUCAUGAAGAGGGUCACCAUCCCCCUGCGCAUGAAGCGGGCUGGCCGCGUGGACUUCAUCCUCCAGCCUCUGGGGACAGGACCCAAGAAAUUUCUGCCUGCCCUUCGGAGAACUGCGUUCCCCAGGUCCCGGGCUAUGCUGCUGGGCCCUGGGCCGCAAGGGGCACCCCCAGAGCCGGACCCGGAGCCCCCUGCGGUGCGCAGGCUGCCCUCGGCCGGCGGGAGCAAGCCCUGGUGGUGGUCGUAUUUCACCUCCCUGGGCCCCCACCGGCCACGCUGGCUGCUCAAGUACUAG